AUUUGAACUAACUAUCACAAAACUUUUCUGAAAAAAGCCACAAUGUUGUUCAUUACCUCCUCUUUUUUCAUCAUGUUCUAUCCGUAGCAACCUCAACGGUCUCUUCAAUAUUCAAUAUUCAAUAUUCUUAUUCACCCAUCUAUAUAACUCACUUCACAUGAUUCUUCUUCCUUCUAAUUUUCAAACUCAUCUAUAAAUAAAACUUACUACACUGCUGGGACAUGUUGAAAGAGAUUAAAUUGAAUAGUAUACUAUAGUGUGUUUUACAACUACCCCUUUUGCAUUUUGGUUCAAAAAUCAUAACUUUUUUGUUCAAGAUGGAGGCUUUAUGCAACAAAGGUGAAAAUUUUCAAAGGAAAAAAUAUGGGUCUUGUUCUUCUCCUUGUUCUGCUACUAAAGGAGUUAAGAACAAGUUGUUUAUUAGUUCUAGUAGUGGGUCGUGCUCCUCAGAUUUGACUGAACAAGAAAAAAAUAUGAAAAGGUCUUCAUCUAUUCGGAAAGCUACUGUUUCCAAAUGCAGCAACUCAGAUGAAAAAGAAAAUGAACCUGUUUCUCAUGUAGAUGAUAAAAAAAUUACUAGUAUCAGUUCUAAAAUUUCUAGAUCAGGAGGAGUAGAUAUGAUGAAGGAAAGGUUUGCAAAAUUACUGCUUGGUGAAGACAUGUCAGGGUCUGGAAAAGGAGUCAGCACUGCUUUGGCUAUCUCAAAUGCUAUUACUAAUUUGUGUGGUACUGUAUUUGGGCAAUUGUGGAGACUAGAACCUGUACCUUGUGAGAAGAAAGAAAUGUGGCAAAGAGAAAUGGAUUGGCUUCUUUGUGUUGGUGAUCACAUUGUUGAGUUAAUGCCUUCUUGGCAAACAUUUCCAGAUGGUAGUAAGCUAGAGGUAAUGACUUGCAGACCAAGAUCAGAUAUUUUUAUCAAUCUUCCAGCUCUGCGUAAACUCGACAACAUGCUUCUUGAAAUUUUAGAUAGUUGCACAGAUAUGGAGUUUUGGUAUGUUGACCAAGGAAUUGUUGCACCAGAUGCAGAUGGAUCAGCCUCUUUUCACAAGAGAAAUCAACGGCAAGAGGAGAAAUGGUGGCUCCCUGUACCUCGUGUCCCUCCUUCGGGUCUCGGCGAGAACUCAAGAAAGAAGUUGAAUCACACAAGAGAAUGUGCAAGCCAAAUACUUAAAGCAGCCAUGUCUAUUAACAGCAUUGCUUUAGCUGAAAUGGAAGUUCCUGAGUCCUAUUUGGAAUCCCUUCCUAAGAAUGGAAGAACUUGCUUAGGCGAUUUCAUUUAUCGAUACAUCACAUCAGACCAAUUCUCUCAGGAAUGCUUGCUUGAUUGCAUAGACCUUUCCAAUGAACAUGUUGCACUAGAGAUUGCUAACCGUGUCGAAGCCGCAAUUUACGUAUGGCGCCGAAGAUCUCAUUCUAGACCGCCACUUUAUCCUAGCCGUUCAACUACAAAGUCAUCUUGGGAGAUUGUUAAGGACUUUAUGGUUGAUGGAGAUAAGAGAGAAUUGUUUGCAGAGAGAGCUGAAAGUAUUCUACUUUCAUUGAAGCAGCGUUUCCCCGGGUUGAGUCAAACUACAUUGGAUACCAGCAAGAUCCAAUGCAACAAGGAUGUUGGAAAAUCAAUACUUGAAAGCUAUUCAAGAGUUUUGGAGAGUAUGGCAUUUAACAUAGUAGCUCGUAUAGAUGAUUUACUAUAUGUUGAUGACUUGACCAAACAUUCAGACAGGUUUCCAUUAGCUCCAAUGGUUAAUAUGGUUUCACAGAAAAAGGUUUCACAACAACUACUAGUGUCUGUCUCAGACACUCAAAACAAAACAACAUUUGGCACACCAAGUUGUUCACCUGUGCCAUUAAUUAGUCCUGCAAAGAGAGAGAGAACACCUUUCAUGAUCAACAACAACAAUAACCACAUCAUUAAACCGCAACGUCGCGGCUUCGGUGUUAAAAGAGUGUUGUCAAAUUAUCUUGGUGGAGAAAUGAAAGGAGCAAAGGUAUUUAGCAACUUAGCUCAUGAGGUGAAUGGUUCAAACAUAAGUUGCAAUAUAACAGAACAAGGGAGUCAGAAAGAAUCAUGUGUUAUGAAAAGCAAGACAAAAUGAUGAGUGAAGAGAUUUUAUGUAACAUUGUUUAAGGCUUUUUUGCACAUUUUAAUAUUGUAUCAUUUAUUAGUAUAUGUUGUUUAUUGAGUUGAAUCCAAUGAAAAAAAAAAGAAGGAAAAAAUAGUAGAAAAGGGUUCAAUUCAUAGGAUCAAUUUGUAUGAGUAGAAGAUUGUAUUGAGAUUUGAGAAUGAGCUCAAUGAUUUGUGAGCUCAAUUAUUCCAUUUUAUUUUAUUCCACAUUAUUGUAGCA